UUCAAGAUAAGACGAACCACCAGGCUUCACCUCCUCAACAAAUUUACACUUCUUCCUCCCACAUUCAUCCCAUCACAUUCAUCAACCAUCGUUGUCCGGCAAUCAUGGCUUCCGCUUGUGCUUCCUCCGCCAUCGCCUCUGCCGCAAUCUCUACCCCGAGUUCCCAGAGGAAUGGAAGCAUCUUGGGAACGAGGACUUCGUUUCUGAGUGGGAGGAAGUUGAAGGUGAGCAAGUUUACAGUAGGAGGACGAUCCGUGAGUAGUAGAGUGUGCGCUGCGGCGGCUGAUCCUGACAGGCCUCUCUGGUUCCCAGGAAGCACCCCUCCUCCAUGGCUCGACGGCAGCCUCCCCGGAGACUUUGGCUUUGAUCCUCUCGGUCUUGGAUCUGAUCCAGAGAGCCUGAGAUGGAACGUUCAAGCAGAGCUGGUGCAUUGCAGAUGGGCAAUGCUGGGUGCUGCUGGGAUUUUCAUCCCAGAGUUCCUAACAAAGAUUGGCAUUCUCAACACUCCUUCUUGGUACUCUGCUGGAGAGCUGGAAUACUUCACAGACACCACCACACUCUUCAUCAUUGAGCUUAUUUUCAUCGGAUGGGCUGAGGGAAGAAGAUGGGCGGACAUCAUCAAGCCUGGGAGCGUCAACACCGACCCUAUCUUCCCCAACAACAAGCUCACAGGAACUGAUGUUGGGUACCCGGGUGGGCUUUGGUUCGACCCACUGGGCUGGGGGAGUGGCUCACCUGAGAAAAUAAAAGAGUUGAGAACAAAAGAGAUUAAGAAUGGAAGAUUGGCCAUGUUGGCUGUGAUGGGUGCUUGGUUCCAGCACAUUUACACUGGUACUGGUCCUAUUGACAACCUCUUUGCCCACUUAGCAGACCCUGGCCAUGCCACCGUUUUUGCUGCUUUUUCGCCCAAGUGAGGAGGCUGGGAAUAUCUCAGGGGGGAGAAAUACCGGUGAAUGUGUGUUUUCAUUGUAAAAGGGUUAAUAUGUUUGAAGUGAAGAGAUUGUAAUGUGUCUUUUUCUAUGUGGUGCGCAUAGUGAUAGUCCAAUCAAUGUACAAAUACUUAUUUGGAGUUAGAUGCCAUGAAUGUGAAAGUUCACGUAGCAUUCACAUUGAUUUGCACAGUAUAAUACUAUAAACCUUUUCACAUUA